GUGGUUGAUGACCCUUCACAUAGCAGGGGGGUUGAAACUACAUGACCAUUGUGGUCCUUUUCAACCCAGGCCAUUCUAUCAUUCUAUGAUUAGUUAGCAGAAAAUCUCUCACACUGGUUUGUUUGUUUGUUUUUCCCCCAUGCAGUGAUUUUCAUUUUUAAAACCUUUGGAUUCAGUACAAUGUUUUGGGAUGACUGUAUUUCAAACCUGAGGUAGUCUGUUUUAUUUAUUUUUUUGUUUGUUUGUUUGUUUUCUCCUUAAAAGCAAACUGACUUACUAGAUUUUUAUUGAUCACCAUUGCUAAUUCUUGUACAUGCAGUGACUCAUUAUGCCAUGUGGUCAAGUGUGAGAGAUGGUAAUGAUUUGGCAAGAAAGUACCUCAGCAGCACAGUAUUACAGAGCCUAAUUGAAAAUGCAAACCAGUUUCUAUCUUCACUUAGAAUUCAGAUGGAUGUUCCCAUACUUUGCUGAAAUUAAGCAGAAUGGAAAUGCCUUGUGUUACUUCUUGGAACAAGGAAGACAGCAGAAAACUGCUGACUGUUUGUUCAGCAGCAUUUGCCAAAUAGCAUUAAAUCAAGUGGGGUAGUGGUAAAAUUCCAAAUGUUUUAAAUGUCGGAUGAAAAAACAGUGUAUGGCACAAAGACUGGAUGAGGGAUUAAAACCUUCCCUCCAGUCUGUGACCAGGCACCUUUGGGCCUACAGGGUGUUUUGUUGUUGUUGUUGUUGUUUGUUUGUUUGUUUUUUGAGGGUUUAUUUUGCCAAAUAUUAUGCAAAUAGGUAUCUUAAAAAUGUAAAAUUUCCUAAAGGCCAUAGGGAAAUCGUUUUAUCCCCAAGGCUGGGCUUUCUCAUUGUGCACUAUUACACAAGGCUGCAUGGGUUUGCUGUACUACAGCCCCCUCAAGUGGUAAAACAUUUUCCCAUUUAAAACUGCAGCCAACUCCACCACCUCACUGUUGUGCCAUGCUCCAGAGAGUUCUGCUGAGUAAGAGGGUCACCCAGUUCUCUUUGCUGUUUGUCAUACGAGCUGAGGAAAGCACUUCCUCAGAAGUGAUUGUUUGGACAUAAACGUUUAAAAAUGUCUGACCAGAAAAAUAUUAUAUACAGAAUCCAUUGUAUUGAAAAGCUGCUCUCUGAGAACAAUUUCCAAGAUAUUGAGGAUCAUCUUAAAGAGCUUGAAGAUGUCAGUAUGACUGUAGAAUAUCUUCAGGGGACAGAAGUUGUCAAGGUUGUAUACAGAAUACUCAAGAGCUGCCCUUCAGUGGGGCUGAAAAAGAAAGCAAAGCAGCUAUUAGCAAGAUGGAAAGCACUUUACAAGAAUAGCCGUCUUCAAGCAGUGCAAGUGAAGAAGUCAAUUUCUGUAUGUGUGAGUGAGGAAACUGAACAUCUUGAGAUUCCCGUGGAACAGCUGUUGCCUGAAGGACCUUGUCAGCAGGAAGUAUUAGAUGCUGUCACUUCUAAAAGUUUGGUCCCACCACAAACUGUUAAAAAUGCAAGUAACAAUGCAGAAAUAGAUCAGCUUUCCCCUUUUGAUGAAGGGCAUAUUGAUAAUGAAGGUUCUAAACCUCUUGUUAAUGAAGGAGUCUCUCAGCAGGAUCACAUGAGAGCUCUGAGGUGUAAAUGCACAGAUCUUCUUUAUAAAGCUUUGACUGGUUCUGCCAAAGACAAGGAAGAAGCUGAUAGAUGGCUAAAGCUUUCUAAAGAAAUUGAAGAACAUGUUUUUGCUCUUCAUUCUAAAAAUGACAAAAAGUAUAAAAAUUGCAUCAGAAGUAAAAUCUCUAACUUGAAGAACCCUAAAAGCUGCAACUUAAAACAUAACCUUUUUUCAGGGUCUUUGAGUCCAAAGGCUUUUGCCGAGAUGACAGUGAUGGAAAUGGCCAGUAAUGAACUGAAACAGCUCAGGGCCCUGUACACAGAGUCCUCUAUUCAAGAACAUCAGCUUCCACAAGUUAUUAAUGGCACACAGACAAACAAAAUAAAGUGUAGGCGCUGUGAAAAAUCUGAUUGCACUGUCACUAUGAUUGCCAGAGGAACACUCUUUCUUCCAGGCUGGGUGCGAAACACAAAUCCCGAUGAACAAAUGUUGACUUUUGUUAUUUGCAAUGAAUGUGGAGAACAAUGGUAUCACAGCAGAUGGAUUUGUUUGUAAUGCUCGUUCACAUUAAGUCAUUGAAAAACACAGAUAAAAGAAGGUGCCUCUUGAAACUGUAUAGUGUGAAAUCGGAUAUUGAUACUACAUAGGCACAAAUAAAAAAUUGCAAAAACACUUUUAAAAAAUGCUAAAUUAUUUUGAAGAUCUGAUUCUUUUUUAAGUGGUAAGGCUAUGUGUUUAAAAAAGAAAAGUUCCAGUUUAGCAAAUUUAAUUUGCUAAAGUAUGACAAGAACAUCCAUCUAGUUGACAAAGAGAAGCCAUCUGAUGAUGUCUUUUUCAAUUUCAAUGAAGAUUUCAAUACUGUUUCUCACAGAAUGCUUCCGGACAAAAUGCCCAGCAUACAGUUAAACAAAAACAUAAAGUGAUGUGUAAGCAGUUGGCUGAUGGGAUGGGCCCAAAGGGUUAUAGUAAAUAAUAGUCCUGCUCUGCUCUACACUGUGUGGCUUCACCUCCUGCACUAUUGGAGAGUGUCCAAAGGAGGGUAAUGAAGGUGGUGUAGAGUCUGGAGGGUAAGGUGUAUGAAGAGCAACUGAGAUCUCCUGGUUGGCUCAACACAGAGCAGAGGAGCUGAGAGGAGGCUUCAUGGUGGCUGCGCUCAAUGGGAGUGGAGGACUCUGGGGACAGAGACAGGGCCUGAGGGAACAGCAUGGAGCUGUGUCAGGGGACAGGAAUGGGCAGCUGGGGGUUAGGGAAAGGGCCUAGACCAGAGUGCAGUGGGCAUGGAACAGUCUGCUCAGGUUAAUAUACCAGUUUAAUACUUAUUAUUAACUUGUAUAUUAAUAUGCCAGUUAAUACUUAUUAAUACUUGCACCCUCAGGAUUGCAAACUCACCAUUUUUAAGUAGUUUCCUGUGGUAAUCCAAUGCCAAGCAGGCAUUCCUCCAUUUCCUUCUUUCUCAGUCACAAUCAAACAUGAUUACAGUUUUUAACUGUAUUUGGUACAAAGCUAGACAUUAAAAGAUGAGCAUAUGUUUGUAA